GCCAAAUAUAUAACUGGCAGGGUGCUUGUGUUACACUCCAGACUUGUUGCACCUCUAGGUCCCGGUGAUGGCAUCCCAUUUCCCUACUCAUGUUACAUCUAUGACUGUAGUUAUCUGAGGGGCCCUCCAGGGUACAGCAUGUGCUUUGAGAAUCUACAACAUCCCCCUUCAGAAAAGCCUAUGUUGCUCUUGGAUAGGACAUGAUUGCCACACCAGCGUGUUGGCUCGCCACCUAUAACGCGUGCUUGUCAGUGUGACAGACUAACUUUUUGAAAUGUGUGUCAGAGUGUCUCUGAGUGUCUUGUCUGUCUUCUUUACUGCUGCCUGAAUGCCUGUAGAUGUGUCUGUCUCGCUGUGUGUUUUCGUCUGUGUCUCGGUCUGCGUUUGCGUGUUGUUGUCUGUGCUCCCUGGUCUGAUCUCACCCGUGUCUGACAGCCCAUGUCCUGUACUCACGCAGCAUAAGCUGAAGUCUUCGCAGAGGGACAAGGUACGGCAGUUCAUGUCCUUCACACAAGCUGGGGAAAAGACAGCUGUGUACUGCCUCACGCAGAAUGACUGGAAACUAGAGGUUGCUACCGACAACUAUUUUCAGAAUCCAGAUCUCUACUGUAAGGAAUCCAUGAAAACAUCAGUAGACCGGAAAAAGCUGGAGCAGCUCUACAAUCGCUACAAAGAUCCUCAAGAUGAGAAUAAGAUUGGUAUUGACGGGAUCCAGCAGUUUUGUGACGACCUCUCGCUGGAUCCAGCCAGCAUCACAGUGCUGGUCGUCGCGUGGAAGUUUCGCGCUGCCACUCAGUGCGAGUUCACCAAGAAGGAGUUUAUGGAUGGAAUGACGGAGCUCGGGUGUGACAGCCCAGAGAAACUGAAGGCCCUUUUGCCAAGAUUAGAGCAGGAGCUCAAAGAUAGUGGGAAGUUCAAGGACUUCUACCAGUUCACCUUUAACUUUGCCAAAAAUCCUGGACAGAAAGGUCUAGACUUGGAGAUGGCUGUAGCCUACUGGAACCUAGUUCUCUCAGGACGUUUUAAGUUCCUUGAUCUUUGGAAUAGAUUCCUUUUGGAACACCAUAAACGAUCCAUCCCAAAGGACACAUGGAACCUAUUGUUGGACUUCGGUAACAUGAUUGCAGAUGAUAUGUCAAACUAUGAUGAGGAAGGUGCAUGGCCAGUCCUUAUAGAUGAUUUUGUGGAAUUUGCUCGACCAAUUGUAACGGGAUCCAAACGUAAGACUCUCUAAAUCCAAUCCCAACUCUGGAAAACCAGAACGUUGUUUCUUUUACAGUGACUUCAUAGUUUUUUUAAGACUUGUACAAAAAAAAGUGAAAAUUGUAGACUUCAGAGAGAAAACAGAAGCACUUGAAACUGUCAGGAAACCACCUUUCAGGGAGCUGAAUACUAACUAUGAGAACAACUGGCCACAUUUUUGUCCUCGUCCUGCGACUGAGGCAUCAUAUGGACAUUGCCAGAUUCACCUCCGUCUCUCCUGCUGGAUUCUCAGUGUCCUGGACGCCCCUCUGCUCUGCUCCAGGAGGAGCUGCACCUGUCAGGCCACAGCCCUGUAAGUGGGAAUGGACAUAGCACUGGGAGGAGGUUCACCGGCUGUGUGUAUUCUGAAGAGACUGAAGAGGAGAAAACUGUGUGUUUUAAAGAUUCUUCCUAGUGAGCUGUGUUUUGUUAUAUGAAGCUCUGAUUGACUGUGCAAGUUCCCAUGUCUUACUCUCACUUUGGGACAGCGUGCUUACUACACCAGCACCAACAGAACUGUUGCAGUUUUUACUGUACAUACUGUAUCUAUUGGGACAGUUUACAAAGAGAGCUAUAUGAAGAAUAAUAUAAAUAUGUUCAAUUUAUAAAUGCUAAAGAUGGUUCUUUUAUGUACAGUAAAUACUAAGCUCUAACAGGAUGCCUCAGUAUCGUGGAUGAUAUGCUGUUGGUUUGAUUAUUAGGUGGAUAUGUCAAGUCAUGGAAUUGUGAGCUUCUCAUUGAAAGCAUGUUCAACACAUUUUACGUCUCCUCGGGCUGGUUUCACAAAUACAUUUUCACUAAGUGAAAAGUAGUGCUUUAAUUAAGAUAAUUGGCAAUGGUUUAUGGUAUUCAUUUGUCAAGUUAAUCUCAGUUGGGAGCGGAUCUUAAAUCCUAAAUGUACGUCGGUCCAAUCCACAAGAGCAACAUAUUGAAUUUUUUUUAAAACUUUUUUUGUUGUUUUUUUUUCAGGUAAUCCCUCUGAGAUAACAAUGAUCCUAAAGCAACUAUUUAGCAGCAUUGGCGUGACAUUAAAAAAGUUAAGAAGUUCACAGACCCUUAGGAUUGCAUGGCACAUAUCUGUAUGUUAUGGCAGUGCAAAGCCUUUAGUUCAGACACCAGGACACUAAAGAGGGCAACAAACAGGACAACAAAGUACGCCUUAAGAAUAAUUAUCUCUGUUCAAUAUUUAUGUUUCUGUUCAAGCCCAUCUGUCCAGUGUUACAGAAGGUAGUGAAAAUUAGAAUAUAUUGUUGAUACAUCAUGUAAGUAGCCUAAGUAUAUUGUUCAUUUAAGAAAGAUGAAUAAAGCAUGAGUUUUUCCAGAA